UGAGAGUUUCAUUGUAUCAAAGUGAGUGUGUGAGAGUGUUUCUUUUCUCCAUUGUAUCCAAUUUUCGUCAACAAUCAAAGACUCUAUUCACAAUGGAAGGAGAGACUAUCAAGAUUAUGAACCAAGACCUUGUGAGGUUGGAUCGUUUUGAUGGUUCCAACUUCACUAGGUGGCAAGACAAGGUGAGAUUCCUUCUCACAGCACUCAAGAUUUUCUACAUCCUUGAUCCUACCUUGGCACCGUUACCGGAACCAAAGGAAAAUGACACACCUCAAGUGGUGGCGGCAAGGAAGAAGAGGGAGGAUGAUGAGCUCAUAUGUAGGGGUCAUAUUUUGAACGCCUUAUCCGAUAGGCUAUAUGAUCUCUACACCAACACCAAUUCCGCGAGGGAAAUUUGGGAGGCUCUUGAAAACAAGUACAAAGCCGAGGAAGAAGGUAACAAGGAUGCUGGAAGAAUUUCACCUAUGUGAACUUAGGGGUGGUGCCGCCUCUCAUG